GAUGAGAGGCACAGAUAAGCUGAGAAAUGAAGUUUUGCCGCUCCAGCUCCCACGUUUGCAGCAUUUGGACAGCUUUCGUCUUCUAGAGAACAACAGCGGACCCCGACGACUCGACCCGGAGACCCUUAGCCACCAAAGGCUAAAGCAGCAGUUACUGGAGACUGAGAUCGGCACCAGAAGGAAGGAGUGUGAAGCACUUGAGGCGGAGGUGAAGAAAAAGAAUCAAACAUGCCAGACUUUGGAGAAUGAGCUUCAAGAUUUCCUCCAUGAGAACAAACACUUGAACCUCCAUUUGUUCAACAGUAGCAACAAGACAUCUGAGUAUGAGAAGUGUCUCUGCUCCUUGCUUGUUCUGUCUGCACAGGUGAAGUCUGAGUAUGCCCAGCUCAAAGAGACCCUUGGUUCUGUGACGCAGGAGAGAGAUUUAGCCCUGUGGGAGAGGAACCAGCUCCAAGGCAAACUGGAGAACCUAGAGCAGGUGCUCAAGCAUAUGCGCGAGGCUGCAGAGCGGAGGCAGCAGCUAGAGUUGGAGCAUGAGCAGGCCUUGGCUGUACUCAAUGCAAAGCAGCAGGAGAUUGAAGUUCUUCAGAAGGCUCAGGUUGAGGCAAAAAAGGAACAUCAAGGCGCUGUCCAUCUGUUAGAGAACCACUUGGACAGCAUGCAGGCCAAAGUCCGCGAGCUGGAGGAGAAAUGUCGCUCUCAGAGUGAGCAGUUCAACCUCCUGUCAAAAGAGCUGGAGAAGUUCCGGCUCCAGGCCGGGACGUUUGAUAUCCUCAGCACUGAACCCUUAACUGUGUGCGGGUCUCCUCCUGGGUCGCCCACCAAAUCCCUCUCACAGCUCCUCAACGGACUGGCUGCCCCCAUAGGAAAAGGCAAUGAGGCUCCAACAAGCAGAUCUUUGAUAUCUGAGUUCAUUCGGCCGCUGCAGAUCAGUGGAGAGAAGCCGGAGCUCCUCUCUGUCAAGCCAACAUUCCUCACUCGAGGUCGAGUCAGCAGCCCAGCACGGGCCUUCCUCUCUGAGAUGGACAAAGAGCUCGGCUCAACUACCAGGUCCAAACCGACGUUCACAGGGAAGGUUCGUCUGUGUAUUGCUCGCUACAGUUACAAUCCUUAUGACGGGCCUAAUGAGCAUCCUGAGGCAGAGCUCCCCCUGGUGGCAGGGAAGUACCUCUACGUUUACGGGACAAUGGAUGAGGAUGGCUUUUACGAAGGAGAGCUGCUGGACGGACAGCGGGGACUCGUCCCAUCCAACUUUGUGGAGUCUGUCGCAGAUGAGGAUUCAGCCUUUGUCAAACACAGGGACACAGUGGCUAAAGAACCUGGCUACCUCAACCACAGUAGCCUGGGGGCUCAGAGACUAAAAGCCGGCACAGGAGCGGGAACGAGCAUAAGCCGACUGCUGUCUGACAGACUAGACUGUUUAAGCACCAGCAGCUUGGGCAUGGACCUCCUGGGCUCCUCUAGCAACGGGACAGGAACCUUGGAUGUCAACAUUGACGAGGUCGGUGAAGACAUUGUGCCUUAUCCCCGCCGCAUCAACCUGAUUAAACAACUAGCCAAGAGUUUGAUUCUUAGCUGGGAUCCUCCUGUGGUCCCACCGGGCUGGGGCUCCAUCAGUGGCUACAAUGUUUUGGUGGAUAAGGAGUUGCGCAUGAGUGUCCCCUACGGGGGCAGGACAAAGUCUCUUCUUGAAAAGCUCAAUCUGGAAACCAACACAUACCGUAUCUCGGUGCAGGCCAUCACUGAGCGGGGCCUGUCGGACGAGCUGCGCUGCACUCUGCUCGUGGGAAAGGACGUGGUGGUGGCACCUUACUACCUGCGGGUGGACAACAUCACGCAGGUCUCUGCUGAGCUCUCUUGGAUGCCAAGCAGCAGCAACUACAGCCACACCAUCUUCCUCAAUGGUGCAGAGUACGACAUGGUCAAGGCGGGGGGCUAUAAGUACAAGUUCUUCAACCUGAAGUCCAUGACCGUUUACAAGGUGAAGGUUGUGGCGCAGCCGCAUCAGGUGCCUUGGCAGCUUACCCUAGAUCAAAGGGACAAGAAGGAGAUCUCUGUGGAGUUCUGCACUCAGCCUGCAGGGCCCCCUCUUGCUCCCCAGGAGGUGCAGGUCCAGUGUGGUCAGACACCGGGGAUCCUGCAGGUCAGAUGGAAGCCGCCACCUCUGACGUCUUCAGGAACCUCCAACGGGGCCAGUGUGCUCGGCUAUGCUGUAUGCACAAAGGGACAAAAGAUAGCAGAAGUCCUAUACCCCACAGCUGACUAUGUGACUGUGGAGUUGAACAGGAUUCAGGGUCUGGAGGCCAGGGAAAUCAUUGUAAGGACGUUAUCCACACAGGGAGAGUCACAGGACUCGCCCGUGGCCGUCAUCCCGAACAAUCUCUUGGGCUCACCACGCCUCUCCCACCGGACCACUGCGCCGUCCCAUCCUAUGUCCCACCCACAGUCCCAUCCUCCUUACCCAUCAACAUACCCCCCAAAUCAUCCUCAGCCCCAGGUGCAGCCUUUGCCUCAAGCCCAGCCCCACACUCUGCCCCACACACAGCCGCACACGCAGCCCGUCUGCCAACCCCCUCGUCAUUUCCCGCACCACCCCAUGCCCAAGUCCAAACCGUUAGUAAGUGCCAGAGAGCAAGAAACCAAAGAGCAUGAGGUGGGAAUGCGGACAGCCCCGCCCUGGGAGCGAGCCCCCUCUCCGCUGCCCCCCAUGCGGGGGCCCAACCUGGAGCCGCCUCACUUCCAGCCACGGCGAUCGCCCUCUCCUCAGAGGAUCCUGCCACAGCCUCAGGGAGCCCCCAUCCCCAACACCAUUGCCAAGGCCAUGGCACGGGAAGCUGCCCAGAGAGUGUUUGCCGAGGGCAACCGGGUUGAGAAAAGGAAUAUCUUUAGUGAGCGAGGUAACGCUUUGCAUCCAGUCAACUCUGAUGAGGAGGAGGAUGGCUACGACUCUCCUCAUGCGAGGAGAAGAGGAGCAUCCGUGGAUGAAUUCCUCAGAGGAUCAGAGUUGGGGAGACAGCCCCACCAUCAACACUACAGCCACAGCGAGGAGUACCACACGGAGAGCAGCCGGGGCUCUGACCUGUCCGACAUCAUGGAGGAGGACGAGGAGGACCUUUACUCUGAGAUGCAACUGGAGGAGGGCCGUAGGCGGAGUAUAAACUCUCACAACACUCUUAAGGCGUAUUACAAGCGCCAGGACUUAGCCGAGGAGAGGGACUGCUGGGACCUCCAGAGGGAGGUGGUGAAGCAGAAGUCGCUCCGCAGCAAGCGCCUCCACAGCAUCCCCGAGGUGGCGGAGGAAGAGUCCGACUGCGUGGACAGCAUGGGCCAGCGCCGCUACGAAGAGGGCAGGAGGCCAGGGACGCCACAUACUCAGCGCAGGAUGUACCCCCAGGACCCCCACAUGAACAACCAUCAGAACAAGAACUCCCGCCACCUGCAGCGGCAGCGCUCCUCGCCUCGCUUCACCGACGGUCGCUGCGGCUACAGCGCAGACGACCGUGGCUUGGUACGACCCAACCGCCAGAACACCAAGAGUCCUGACAGCGGUUUGGACUGCGGCAGUGAGGAAGAAGGCUCUCUAGGCCGAGGGUAUCGAGGGUACUACACUCAUGGGAGCCCCAUGCGGGGGCCCAUACAGAUCAUACACUGCGAAGGCCCGGUAGAAAGGCGUGCGCUGGCCAUGGGUCGCAAAAGAACUCUGACUCGCCAGUGCAGCGUAGAGGAGGAGUUCGCUGACAUCCCAGCGACUACAGCCAAGUCGGUGCACAGGGGGGACUUUAGGAGCAGGGAGCACUUUGGGCCCAGUCAGGAGGUUGGGCCCAGAAACUACUCCAGGGAGGGGGCCCUGAGCGAGGGCAGGCUGGACGAGCUGGACAGGGUUUAUUACAGCCCCCACAGGGAGGCUAGGGCCCAUUCUUUGUCCAGGCUCAACAGGGACCAGCCGCUGAUCAUUGGGAACUCUUCAUCACAUGGAAACUCUGAUCGCCUGGACCACUCAGGAAGGAGGGCGGUUCACAUCGGCAACCCCCCUCAACAGCGGCAAAUCCCAUCCAUUGACGGCUAUGGCGGGCGGCGAACCGGGCGGGGACGGCGCUCCCCGGAAUACUACGAGGAGUCGGAGCCGGACGAGAUGACGCGUGUGUUCGUGGCUCUGUUCGACUACGACCCCAUGUCCAUGUCUCCCAACCCUGACGCUGCUGACGAGGAGCUUCCAUUCAAGGAGGGCCAGAUCAUCAAGGUCUUUGGGAACAAAGACACGGAUGGUUUCUACAGGGCGGAGGUCCGGGACCGAGUUGGUCUGAUCCCUUGUAACAUGGUCUCUGAGAUCCAAACAGAGGAUUAUGAUAUGAUAGACCAGCUCCUUAAACAGGGCUUCCUGCCACUCAACACUCCUGUGGAGAAGUUAGUGAACUGUGACCGUUUCAAAGAUGGCCGCUCAAUAAAUCGCAGGUCCAGAAAGUCCAAGCGAGAGAGGAACAGGCGGAGUGGCCGGCAGCAUCCGAUGUCCACACGAAGAAUGGUGGCUCUGUACGACUACGACCCCCGGGAGAGCUCCCCUAACGUUGAUGUAGAGUAUGAGGGCAACAGACUGAAUGAGGAGCCUGAACUGACUUUCUGUGCCGGUGACGUCAUCACAGUUUUCGGUGAAAUCGAUGAAGAUGGCUUUUACUAUGGCGAGCUCAAUGGACACAAGGGACUAGUUCCUUCCAACUUUCUAGAAGAAGUGCCUGACGAUGUGGAGGUUUUUCUCACUGACUCACCAUCUCGAUACCCCCAGGACACUCCUGCACGGAUAAAGACCAAAAGGGUUCCACUGGAAAACUCGGGUCGGCCCAGAAGAGCAGGCCCUCCCACAGAGCGCCCGCACCCCCCCGGCUCCGGCCCUGCCACCCUGUACUCCUCCAAAGGAAAAAAGGACUGCUCUCCAAAGGAAAGACACUGUUGCAAGGACUUGGCGCUGUAAAAUAAUUUCUCCACAUACUUCCUUGUAGUGUUUUAAAAAAAGAAAAGCUUAGAAAAUGCUUUAUUCUUGUACAUCCAUCGUAUACUAGAAUAUUUGUAUUUUGUUAACUACAUAUUUUCAAUAUAUAUUAUGAUCCUGAGACCUCGUUGUCGGCCGGUAUAGUAUUCAGUAUCUUACCUCCAAGUCUGACUGAUGUUUGCUGACAGAGACACGGCCAGGCAGUCUGCACAUUGUGAGUUACCAAACGUGUCACAUUAUGAGUCCUACCUGUGUCUGUGUACAGAAAUCAGAAUGUCAAUCAAACCCAGAAGGAUCAAUUUAACAUGGGUGUUCAGUUUUCAAUCCGAAGAGAGUUAUUCCACACAGCCAGUUGCAUAAAUGUAUGAGAGGUUUGCAUGCUUUACUUCAGCACAUUCCCUCCUGACCCCUGAGAGAGCAUGCAGUACUAUACUACAGCAUGGCUGUGCAGUAUACUGUGACAAAUCAGCAGAAUUAACUCCUAUUCUUCUGCCCUGUGAUAGAAGAAAUGUCCCCCCCCAAAAAACCUUAAAAGAAAAGGAAGCACAUGCUGUUCCUACUACAGGAUCUCUGCAGCCUGAAUGGAAAUGCCUAGCAGAUCCAACCUUCAUGUAUUUGCCUUAUAAUCGCACAAUGGUUAGUUAGUAGUGCCCAGUAGUGCGCACUGCAGGUCCAUGCAUUCUAUUCAUUUACAUCGGUACCUUCACAUAAACAUGUUGAUCCUGACCUGUGAUGUGCAGGGUUUCCAUCAGGACCAGAGCUCACAUGUAACUGUCCAAGACUCCUGUGGGGACGAUGUCUAUCAUGGUCAAGACUUUUAAUUUUAGAAAAUAGAUUAAACAAAUUCUCUCUGCAUCCCAAAUGUUGAGGCUGAGUAAAUGUACUUGUUUUUUAGGUAACUGUUUUUAAUGCCGCACAUCUGGUUUAAAACAAUGACUACUCUACAGAGAAAACUAUAUUACAUUAACAGAUCAAAUAAAUGGAAGUUGAUCUUUGUGCUAUAGCAUCAACAAAUCCCUGUUAUCGUACUGCAUUUGACUAACAUGCAACACUUCACUAGAAGACUAAGGUUUCUGUUAACAGUGAGACACAAGGCUACCUCUACGCUGCCCUAACCCUUCUUACCCAACAUUUAUUAGAUCUCAAAAAUGUUUAUUCAAGCCAAUCUGUCUGUUGAUGCCUGUUCAGUGUCCCGAUUUAGGGUGCAGGAUACAAGAACUGUAUAUCAAUAUAUAUCUACACCUUAAUGUAGAGUAGUGAAUGUAUGGUGAAUUGAAAGCCAAUGUAUUUUUCAAAGCUGCCCUAAAGGAUAGUGCAGAUGUCCGUCUUAGUGCGUGAAAUGAAACCGUCCAUCUUUAUUUCCUCACUUCAUCCUCAUGUAUCUGAAAAUCUAGCCUAUUUUUUCUAUGACUAGAGUUGAACUGAAACUGCCAAAAAAGAAUGUAUGCAAAACAUUCUGUAAUACUUUCUGUACAAUUCUCGUCCGGACAGCCUUGUUAACCUGCGGUAAGCUGGCGUUCAUCCUUCCUAUGUAUGGACCAUUGCUUCUAUUCAUUUCGAGUGACUGUUGCUCUUUUUGUACUUUGUCCAUUUGUAAAAUUGUUUUUAAAUGUUUAUACUUGAUUUUCAAACUGCCUUUUUUGUACAUUUAACUUUAUAAUCAAACAGUGCAAGCUUUCCCCAUGGUGUCUUGAAGACCAUUUUGUUUUAAAAGUCUGCAAUUGUGUGCUAGCUUUAUGAUAAGAAAUAUCAGCCUAUAUUGGUGGUUACAAAUUAUUGUGUGGGUGUGCAUGUGCAAUCUUUUCUAGAAAAACAAACUAAAUAAAUUUGAUAUUUUGUAA